AUGCCAAAACAAAGAUGGAAUUCGGUUUCGGAAUUGAAUCCGCCGUCUCGCGUCUCACCGACACAACGGAGGAUUUAUUUUCGGCGAGAUAUUUUGUCCACGGCGAUCGUCUACCUGACACGGGCCCUCUCUCAGAGAAGUCAAUUAAAAAAAUCUAGUUCUUCCAAUGCCAUCCGAUUGCGAAAUAGGUUGGAGGGAGCAUCGGCCGAGUAUAAAAGGUCGAAAUAUCUUUGGGAUGACACUGGAUUCCUCGUUCAAGCCCCGUACGGCCAGCAUGAGGUUCGUGUUCGUCACUCUGGCAGUGUAUUACGUGAUUUAAAAAUGUUCCAGACUUGCUUGGCGGCCUCUUCGGCUUUGUCGCUGCCGAAGCAAAAGAGGGAUGUUCUACCUGGUGAUCCACGAUACGACGAAGCCAAUAAUCAUCAUCAUCAUCAUCAUCAUCAUCGUCACGAGAGUGUAGUAGAAGACGUAGUAAAAUCUGUCGGUGACGUUUACGCGGAGGUACCGCAGAAUACUUAUGGAUCUCAAUCGAGUGUUGCCUUAAACAACCAGUAUUUGUUACCGCUUGACGACGUCGGUAGACAAUCAGUAUCGAACUCUUACGGAGUUCCCGAUACCAUCCAAAGGUCACGCGUCUUGCCACUGGUGUGCAGACCACCGUAAAGAAGGACGUGGUUGGUGGAGACUUGCUGACUGAGAGCUACGACGUUUCUUCUCACGUCCCUUCGACUCUUUAUUCAGCCGAGAGAUUCAAUCCCUUUGACGUCGUCCCCGUCGGAUACAGCGGAAUUAAUCCCUUGACGUCUGUGGAUCAGGGUGUCAACCUAGACGUUCCUUUACCUCUCUCGCUGACUCUUCAAGUCAGCAAAAAGGUGCCAAACACGUACUCCUUCCCGCAAUCUUCUGUCGAAUUUCCUACAACCUAUCAGCUCCAUACACGUCCGCUGGUACACGUGGUGCAACGUACACAGCCCGUGAACACGUUGUACUCUUUACCAUCUGUCGCCUUGGUAGGAUCUCUUCCCCCGUUGCAGCCUCUAUCGUCCGUGCAGCUGGUGCGUACCAGGCCGGUUCAAGGACACACCGUACAAUCCGUGGUGAAGGCUCUGAACACGCCGAUCGAACACGCUGUACAUCCCGUGCAAACCGUGUCAACGACGGUGCGUCCAGUGAAGUCGGUGUCAGCGUCAGAAACGGUGAAGUCUCGCGACGAUACGGCGACGCAGGUGGUUCAAGGUCACGCCCAGACGCAGCCACUGAGGGGACCGAUAAACGAUUUCUUCCAGAAACUGAACGUCUCGUUGCCAUCGUAUUUUCCAUCUUUCCCCUCCCUGGGCUCCCUAGGCUCUCUAGGGUCCCUGGGCUCUCUAGGCUCGACAACCACAGCUCGAUCGCCAAUCGAGAUACCCAAUCCAUCCCGUAUUUCGUUGACUGACACUUACAACCAGCAAACUAUCAACGUCGACGAUUCGUUGUUGCGUAGCGACAACUUGGUGAAGAGUGCCGUUACGUCGGCCCACGAGUACGUUCAACCGACGGACGCCAACGGUGGAUACAUUUAUUAAAGAGCACUAAGAGCUGUACAACGUCUGUUGUAUUCGUACUUGCGCAGAGUAUGUACGUGCGAUAGAAACGUUAAGUGACACGUGUUUGCUCGCAUAUCGCAUGAAGUGGAUAGUUAAAUAGAGUAUAUACUAUAAUGACAAAUAACACGGACGAAAGAUGGACGAUCAACGUCUUCUUAGACUUCUAGACGAGGAGGAAACAUUUAGUUAAGAGUCGAAUGUAAAACACGAGUACGUGACAAUUUUAACUAAAUAAAAUUCUUUUAUUACAAACA